AUGUCGUGCAUACGAGCAGCACUUGCUGCAGCAUGUCCUGCACCACAGCUACUUGCAUGUGCACAACAUGCUGAAGCUUGGUGCAACAUGCGACUGGCAUGUUGCACAUGCGACCGAUUAACUUAUAUGACACGCAAGCUGGUGGCCGUACAGCGUUUACGCAUCUUGGGGUUAGAGCAUAUGCCUUACCCUGGGCUUGCGGCGGAGAUGGUACGGAUAUCCGAGGAUGGUAUCCGGCAGGCAGGCGAGAUUAGGCGCAGGGAGGAGCCUGUUCCGGAGGCUGAGUAUCAGGUGGCGCCAAGAGGAGGACCGGGUGCUCCUAAAGGAGGAGGCCGUGGCCGCAAGAGGACGCCGUGCCGGGGACGCCAUGCGCGUAGAGAAGCGGUCUUUGCUGCUAGAGGACCUGGUGGUGGAGGACACCAUCUGGUAGAUGAGGCGGAUGAGGCCGAUCCCAUUCCAGAGGGCGUUCACGGUCUAGUCCAUCCGCAGCCGUUCCAGGCCGGUGACAGCUCACCUGGGGACUCACCUACGUUUACGCCGACGCUCUUACUUGCUAAGAUACCCGGGUCUUCAUCGCAGCCGAGCCAGAAUGCAUACAUGGAGAAGCGUGAUAACGUUGAUUGGGCAGCGUUACGCACUUCAUUAGCUGAUGAGCGGCCUGUGAGGAAUUUACAGGGAGCCAGGAUUCUUGACUUCGAUGAGUUUUUGAUCCCGGAUUCGACGCCAGCGGGUCCACCAGAGCCACCCACUCAGGCGUUUUCUCAUGGGUCUGCCGAGCCAGCGGUGUCUUCCCAUAUGAUUACCGAGCCACAGGUAAGCUUUUUAUUAAAAUUUGUUUUAUUCAAUAUAAGGUCAAUAUUUAAUAUACAUAUUUGAUUAUUUAAAGUACUUCUUUUAAAUAUGUAUGUUACUUAUUAUUUCAU